AUGAGCAGCUCUCUGUGGAAAGCUUUUUAUGAAGAUGAUGUCGAUACCUUUCGGCAGUUGUUGGAGACCGCGGCCUACAAUGCGCGCCCGCACGCGGCAAGAGGAGGAUCAACACUACACAACGCCUUCAUAGCCAGUCCAGCGCAGCAUGGUACAUCGCCUAUAGCUGGGAGAAGCCGCAGGGCUACUCCCGCGACGCCAACAGGCGCAGGCAUCGUCUUGACCAAGGCCGACAUCAACUGGCGGGACUCACUUGGCUUGACUUUGCUACAUCAUGCAGCAUCGUCAGUUUCGGACACCGCGAUUGGUUUUGCUAGUGCGAUCAUCGAGCAUCCACUUAUAGACCUGUAUGUUCAGGACCUGGAAAACGGCUGGACAGCCUUACAUCGCGCCUUCUACUUUGGAAACAUCACAAUCGCUCGCCUGAUCCUGGAGCGCGACACAAGCGCCACCUUUGGCAAAAUAACAGGCAAUGUACACCAAACACUGUCCCUCAUCAAAGUCAAGGACAAGGAAGGACUCGGUCCACUCGACCUGUACGCCUCCACCAUCAAAGACCGCACUCUGCGGCCAGAAGCAUUUGGACGGCCCCGUUCUGGGUCGACUGGCAGCGACGAGGAACGUCCUGGCGCCGACACCACGGAUCACGAUGGAAGCGGUACUACUCGUGUACCAUUCAUUGAUAUUCGCGGCGAUCAGCUACUUCACUUUGGCAGUAACAGGAAUGUGUCACUUGGAUUUGGUGAUCAAGACGAUCGCCAGUUUCCCGAGCGUGUGUCGGUGCGCAGGCCUGAACAUCUUCUGCGGCGAUUCUAUGAAGAACACCUGGAGGAGCACGAAAAGAAGUGGGCACCAUACGACCCUUCAUACGAAUCCAAAGCAUCAUCUGUACCUUCGAUGUGGGUAGAGGAUAUGCCUUGGAUGCCGCGUUCCCAGCCCCUUGACAUACAGGAUGUCCAGAUGUCGAAGCUCCACACUGCCGUACUGACCAAGGAUCCAGAGGCGAACCUGUACAUGUGUGGCCAUGGUCAAGGCGGUCGACUUGGUACUGGAGACGAGCGCACUCGCUUUCACUUCGUCUGCGUUGAGGGCGGAGCGCUUGCUGGCAAGCGUGUUGCUACUGUUGCACUUGGACUGAAUCACACACUGGCACUCUCCGACGAGGGUGAGAUAUUCUCCUGGGGCAAUAACGUACAUGGUCAGCUUGGCUACAGUCUUCCGAAGACCUCCAACGACGAAGAGCCCAUCAGUACCAUACCACGCCAGAUCUUCGGUCCGCUCAAGCGCGAGACUGUUAUGGGUAUUGCAGCUUCUCGAAUACACUCAGUUGCGCACAGCUCGACAUCGCUCUAUGUCAUGGGAAAGAAUGACGGACAGCUGGGCAUCGUCGACUCUGAUGCACGAUCGCUCGACAUACAGAUCACGCCUCGCAAAGUGGCGGCUUCUCUCUUCAGCUCCCCCAUUGCAGCGGUUACUGCUAUCGAUAGAGCUACCGUCUGUCUCUUGGAGAAUCAUGAAGUUUGGGUUUUCGCAAACUACGGAUACGCCAAGGUCCAGUUUCCUUUGGAAGGCUUUACGAACUAUUUUCUGAAGCAGAGCUUCCUUGUGACCACUUACGAUUCGGCGCCAAACAGGGUCUGCAAGGUGAUAGCCGAAGGCGACACCAUUUGUGCAUUGUCAAGCCGGGGUGAGAUUUAUACAGUUUCCAUCAAUCAGCGAACAGAUAACCAGGCGACCACAUCUACCACGAAUCCGACGAAGAUUCGCAGUGCCAUCACACAGCCUCAACGCAUAUGGUCUCCCAAGAAAAGCAAUAUGGCUGCACGAGAUGUUGGACUUGACACUGAUGGGAGCAUCGUUCUCACCACGGAAGAAGGGAGUGUGUGGAAGCGGACCAGGCGUGCUACGACGAAAGACGCCUCUGCCUCGGGCAUUUCAGAAUACAAGCCAAAAGACUACAAGUACUCUCGAGUCCCUGGACUGACCCGUGUACUGGCUGUGCGAGCGUCUGGGCAUGGAGCUUAUGCCGCAAUUCGCCGCGAUUGCGACGUCUUGCAAACGCAGGUGGUCGUGGAGGAUCCAACCCUAUGGAAAGAUUUGUUCCCACUCCUCUCCUUGGGCAGGCUCAUCGAUGGGCAUACCGAAAGUGACAAUGACGAGGUCAAGCAUCGUUUCUGGCAGGGCACGAAGAGGCCUAAUGAGCUGUCGAUGUUGAAGAAAGCCGUCAUUGGAAGCGCCGAUAUCGAUGCUGAUCUCAAGAGAGUGUUUGAACAUCCCGACCCGGAGUCUAAACACGACGCAUAUCUCGCGACGACGUCCUCCGAGGUCAAGAUCCCAGUGCACAGAUUCGUGUUGGCUGGACGAAGCCGAGUCCUUCGCCGAGGAUUCCGAGAUCUCUGUGAGACCAGCACUUUCACGAUACCUGACUUGGCCGUGUCUGAGCUUGACGAAGAAGGCAAAGCCGUUGUGACGUUCCAGGGCAUGGAUAUACUUACAGUGCUCGAUCUAGCCAUCUACUUGUACAGCGACGCUUUUGUCGACUUCUGGCAUUUUACUCGCAGCGCUCCCAAGAUGGCUUAUAGCUAUCGUCAAGUACGAACCGAGCUGAUGAAACUCGCGACCAAGUUGGAGUUGACAAGGCUUGAGCCUGCAGUCCGGCAAAUGGUAGAGCCACGGCCGUGCUUGGACAUGGACCUCGAACUCGCCUUCAAAGAUCCUGCAUACUUCUACGAUUGCGACGUGAUUGUUGAGCUGCAAGAUGGCGAAGUCAAGGUUCAUAGUGCAUUGAUGUGCGCUAGGUGUCCGUUCUUCGAGGGGCUCUUCAUGGGCCGCGCCGGCGGACGAUGGCUGGCUGGUCGAGGCGAAGACGAGGAGGUCACCGUCGACUUGAAACACAUCUCAUCAAAGACCUUCAACAUGGUGCUUCGCCAUGUCUACUGUGAUACCGGAGCUGAGCUGUUUGAUGACAUCGUCAGUGUCGACACCGAUGAAUUCCUGGACACUGUCCUGGAUGUGCUGUCUGCUGCCAACGAGCUUAUGCUUGAUCGCCUCUCGCAGAUCGCUCAGGCUAUCAUUGGACGAUUCGUGAACGUACGCAAUGUCUGCGACUUGCUGAAUGCGAUCUCUCCAAGCUCGGUACGCGAGUUCAAGGACGCUGGCCUGGAGUAUCUUUGCCUCAAUCUCGAGGCUAUGCUUCAAGGCCAUCACCUGAACAGUCUGGAUGAGGACCUGUUAAUUGAGCUCGACGACGUGGUUCGAGCCAACCAGUUGGCCUGCAUGCCAUUCGCAAAGAGUGGUCGUGCUGAGCGGAUGUUGAUGGAACGUCAUCCCGAGCUCGUCUCCAUCCUCGAGCGGAACAGACAAGCCAAGAUUGACUCGGUAACACUUCGAUCAAAGUUUAGUAACAUGGCAACGUUCGCGCCAGGGUCAGUUGGUGAAGAUCCUGCUGCCUCACCGAUGCAGCAGAAGGCUCGUAGGAGGUCUUCGACUGCGGUUAAGGCAGACACGGAUCGGCCUUCGCUCAAGGCCAAGGCGUCCUCAAGGGAUAUGAUGUUUGAGAUGGACGAAGAGUUCGGCACAGGUACCUACUCGCCUAGGGAGUCUCCAGCAAUUCGACCCAUGUCCAGCCCUCGUGGAUUGGAUCCAAUACCUCAGGAGACUCCGCCCGAAGAUCUGUGGUAUGACGCUCGCGGUAAAGUCCUACCUUCACCGAGGCUGGCACCACAAUCUGUUACUCCCGGCGCAGCUACUCCAAGGACGCCCAAAUCGCCGCACAUGGCGGGCAAGACGCCACCAAACACCGGCAAGCCAUGGAGCCUCACACCUCUUUCAUCGAAGACCGACAUGAAGGACAUCAUGGCUCAAGCAGCGUCUUCCACGCGUCAUUCAACUCUAGCGCAGGAGCUCCAGUCUUCCAGAUCACCACUGUCAGAUGUGCCUGCCCCGUUCAGUCUGCCGGGGCCGAAGAUGUCACAGAAAGAUCGAAAGCGGAUGCAGCAGAUUCAACAGCAUGCAUCAAGCGGUUCUGACGACGGUGGCGACCCGCAAACGAGCAACAAGCCAUUUUCAUGGCAGACGGUCGCCACAGGAAAGCGUCCUGGUCUGAAAGACGUCAUUCAGAGCGAGGCUUCCGGGAAAGGAGACGACGCUGCUGCUAUUAGAUCUUCAAGCACGCCACAGCUGACCAUGCGGCAGACUGUUGCUCACCAGAAGUCCGCUGCUCCUCCCUCGAAAACCGCCAUCGGCCCUGGACAUCCUCCCAUGCAGAAUCGAAGCAUCUCCGAAAGCAAGACCCAAGAACCAGCCGCAGGCAGCGUCUCCCAUUUCACCAACAGCAAGCCAAUACCUCAAUCGAUCCGCCACCAACCACCGGUAGAGCCAGUCUGGGGCUUGAGCAUGCCCGAGAUCGUAGCCCAGCAGCAAGCCGAAAAGGACGUCAUCAAGGAAGCCGCGGCGAAACGGGACUUACAGGAAAUUCAGGCCGAGCAGGAAUUCCAGGAGUGGUGGGAUAAGGAGAGUCGACGCGUGCAAGAGGACGAACAGCGUGCUGUUGCGGCCGCAGCAAAGGCUUCGAAGAAGAACAAGGGCCGUGGUGGGCGGUCUUCUAGAGGCGGGAAAGGAGGGGGAAAGGGCAGGGGCGAGAGUAAUGGUGGUGCAAAUACGAAUGCGCAGCAGCAGCAGAAGUGA